GACGAAUUAGUCCCACUUUUAUGUGAAAUCUGGGUGGUUAGCAAUUCCCAUUGUCCGGAGAUCAUCGGCUUUUAGUUGUGUAUCAAUCCUUCCUAUUGUGACUGAACCACACACAUCCAUAGUGGCUCAGAUGGCAACGUUGCGCACGGAAAAACCGUCCGUUGUACACCCAACGGUGAUUGUCCCUACAGCCAGAUCACACCACCCAAGUCAAAGACAAGCACACGGUCAGACGUCUUCCUCACAUCGGAUGGAACAACCACUGAUGGCUGGGUCUAAUAUUAGAUCCAGCUUGUCCACAUCAUCAGUUGCUGCCCACAUCAACGGAUCCGUUAAUUCCGGAAUCACCGGCAAUGGUGGAUUUUCACUAGCAUCAGCAAUCGCUGGGAUUUUGGGAUUGUCGUUUCCAUCCAGUAACGGACCCGGCUCGACUGGUAGUUCUAUGACAGGGCCUGUCGAUAUUAGAACUUCAGCGAUGGGGUGUGUGCUACCCGAUUCCGAUCUGUUCAGUUCGUCUAAAAACACAGUACUUUUUAACUCUUCAUCCACGUCAAGUGUGGCUGCUAAUGCCAUCAAAGCCGCUGUGUUAGCGUCUGUGAAUAAUGGCCAGACUAACAAUAUUAGCCCAUUACACAUAGCUACUCCUUCCUCGUACACGACCGAAGCUAAUCAGACGCAAUUUGGUCUCUCUUUUCCCCCACAACAACAGACUUGUUCCGAUGUCUCAUCUGAAACCGGAUCAACUCAAUCCCCCUUCCAACCGUCACACAAUGCUAAUUCAAUUGCACAGUACGGAAUGAGUAAUGCUCAGAAAACGGCAACUGGUGAAUUCGAUGCCGCGGAUUUCGAAGCAUCUUACGGAUCAUACACAACAUCGGAAAGGGAUCGAAAACAACGUGAAUUCAUCCCCGAUUCUAAAAAGGAUGAUAAGUACUGGGAGCGAAGAAGAAAGAAUAACGAGGCAGCCAAACGUUCGCGGGAAAAGCGCAGACAAAAUGACAUUUUGAUGGAACAUCGAAUUAAUAUUUUAACUGCACAGAAUACCAAAUUACGACAUGAGAUUUUGGAGCUAAAAAUCCGAUUCGGUCUACCUGUGGAUGAGGUUGAUUACAACGAUGGUGGUGCGACGGACAAUAGUACAACCCCGUUCUCCAAUCUGACUCCGCAGACAUCGACAACUCAUCCCAAUAAUGGAAAAAUCAGACAGUCACUGUGUGAUAUGAGCAACUGUCAACGUGAAAAUGAAACGGACUCAAUCAACGGAACACAGUUUGACGAACCCGGUCAUCCGGAACAACUGAACGACGCAUUAUCGGUCAGUACUUGCUCCGAGACCCUCACUCCCCAUUUUACCAACGGCCCGCAUCCUGAGACCCUUAAUGAUGGACAUUUCACCGGGAAAUCGAGCUCCCCAGAUGCCAGUGAUUCCAUGACUGCGAUUUACUCAGCUCUGAGUACCUCACCUACGGCCAACCAAUUCCCAACUAAAACUGAACUACCACCAAUAAGUACUCUGAACACUACUGACCUAAUGGCCCUGAAGCGUAUAUUUGCUACUCUGACUGCUGGUGGGCUUAAAAACGAAGUUGCACCCAACUCAACGACAAAUUCCGUGACAAACGAACCUGAACUAAUAUCACCGAAGUCAUCCAACGGCCACGUUCAAGCCGUACCGCCCAGCUUGAACGCUUCCACAGUUGUGGACCCCACUCCAGUGAAUAGUACUGCAGCGGCUGCCUGGCUGCUCCAGCAAGCGCUACUUUUACCGCCUACGCAUCUGAAUCUUCCUUCCGAACGAUGUGGAUCCAACGGAACUGGAGCCGGGACUGGAGGAGUUCCCGUGGUGCCCAGUGCUCCUGCUGCCAUAAUCAAUCAAGCUUCGGUGUUGGAACGUACAAGCGCUUUGCUGAAACUGGCCGGAGUCAAUUCCGUCCCAGGUGGCAGAAACUUGGAUCAACCUUUCUCGCUUUUCGAAACCCCGCUCGACCUGAGUUUGUGCCUACCGUCUGGCCUGCAUCCCGGAUCCAUUGAUACCGCAGUGGCUAGUGGCACACUGGCGAGCCCAACGGAUUCACGAAUCCUCGACAAACGAUACCAGGACCGACGCCGACGCAACAAUGAAGCCGUUCGCCGAUGCAGGGAAAACAAACGAGCGAGGCUCAUGGGACGAGCAGAGGUCACAGAUCGUCUACAGACGGAAAAUCGAGUGCUUCGUAAUGAACUCACUGACCUCAGCCUUGAGGUCAAAGCACUCCGAAAGUUACUCUCGAACGAACAAACCUCUCCAUACCGACUUGCUGAGGGCACUCAGAAGGAAAACGGUGCAGAAAAAUUGGAGAAUGGGUCCGAUACACCGAUGUUGGAGGAGAACACCUGUCAGAUACCAAAAAAACACUGUGAACCGCUGGAGGACAUGCCCAAACUCAUUGAUCCUCAUCAUGAUUUCUACCAAUCGCACGAAGAAUCUUCAUUUUCCAACGGGAAUCAAUUAAACCCCAAGGAAAAGCAACAAACACAGCAGUUUGAUUGGGCGCGGGAAGCAUACGAUGAAGGAGAUAGAGACGAAGUGUUGUCGCAAAGAACAUUGGACGAAAAAUCUUCCAGUUCUGCUGAAGUGAUCGAGAGUUACGCGAAUCAUCGUGAUAUGGACCGUUUGGUAGUCAGUGGACUGUCAUCAGUAUCAGAUACCCAGGAGGAAAACGAUGAUCCUUGCCCCGAAUCAGUCAACAAACUGUAUGAUGCAGGAAAUGACCACGGUGGACAGCCUACUGCUGACCAGUUACCACCUCGUUUGGCACACUUUUCACGUGGACGCCGGCGAUUGACAAAACCAUCCAGACAACCACAUCCUUCUGUUGUGGGCGUGCAGUGUACGCCGAACGGUAACGACUGGAUGGACUACACGACCUCUGCUGGUCAAGCAUUACAGACCUGUGACUAGGAGUUCCCCACAUACACCCAGCCAGUGAUUUUGGGUGAACCCUUUCUAUCCAGCCUUAUCUUUUCUAUUCAAAUCGGUAUUUUUUUCUAUUUUUCGUAGUAACAAAGUUAUCACAAUCCAUGUCAAGGACUACUGCCUCAACUUUCAGUCACUUGUUCUUGGUAUUCAACCAGGCGACAGCCCUACAAAACCUGACCACACCCACGGCUAUUUUUAAAAUACCCUGGUCUUUUUCUACCAUUAUUUUAGUGAUAGUAUUAUUGUUACCGUUUUGCUAUUCUCCUUCUUCCUACCUUCCGGUGUGUUUCACCAAAUUUUUGCAUUCCUGGCAUCCUCCCUGGUGAAUCCGUUUUUUUUUGUUGCACCUGUGGCGUUUGCAGUCUGUGCCGGAUGUCUUCCAUUCAACCGUUCAUUAGAAAUCAUAGUGAACCUAGGUGUUUAAUUAUUUACCCUUUUAACCGGUCGUUUUUUGUAACUCAUUCUCUGUACAAACUUUUCACUUGAGGACAUGUUGAUUGUAUUGACAAUUCUACCAGUAAAAAUGUGCAUAGGUCCAGCUGUCGCGGCCAACAAAGAUGUUAGGACGAUCCGACAUCAAAGUUAUCCGUCCAACUUCAGCGGAGAAAGAUAGCAUUUGCGAAGCGCCAUCAUGUUUUGAUUUCUUUUUUUUUUCUAUAAAUUUGGACAGACUUUCUGGCACAUUGGUUUCUUUGUUUCAUAAUCAAGGAAACUUGUUUGUUUGUUUGUGGUCACGUAAAUAUUCCCUUGGUUAUAAAAUGGCAAUCUCAACGUGACUCUGAUGACAAAUCCCCUUGUUUUGAAUUGCCGGUUUGGAACUUUUGUUUUAUCACAUCAAAUCCAACCUGUUUGCUCACAUUCCUCAUAGGUCACAGUCAGUUAUUGUAUGUGGCAACUUUCCGGUGACAUUUCCCGCAACUAUUUUGACCUUCACAGCCCCCGCACAGUUUAUCGUGUUUGUUCAUUCGUGUGCGUGUGUGUGGUGAGGAUAAUUCUGCUACAAUCCGCCUCUCAUGACCCUAUAAGAGAGCGGUCUUUUGAUAUUGGUUUAGCUCAGGUCUACAUGUACUGGAGCCCACAAAUUUUCGCAUUUCUUUUUCUACCAGUUCUAGUAGCUUGUUGUGCUCAAUUCCAACCCACCCCCAACUCUCCCGCUUGCCAUUCCUUCCACCCACCCUUAUGGAUUUUAUACCAUUCCUGUUCACUCUUUUUUCUAUAAUACUCUGACG